AUGGGACCCAAUAUAGAACCCUGGGGUACUCCAGAUAGGACAGGUAAGGGCAUUGAGGUAGCCCCUAAUACUGUGGUCUGCUGGGAACGAUUCGAGAGAUAGUCCUUUAACCAGUCAUGUAGUUUACCAGUUAUACCGAAUAGUUUAAGCUUGAAUAUAAGUUUAUGACAUCACACUGAAACUACCAAAGUGUUCGUUCGCAGUACCGCAAAUAAACGUGUUUGGUUAUAUCGUGUCCGAGAAAGCGAUCAGACCAGAUAGCACCAAAGUCGAAGCCAUAACAAAUGCUCCACAUUCUACCACAGCAUCGGAAGUCAGAUCCUUCCUAGGCCUCACCAAUUAUUGUUCGAGAUAUAUACCCGACUACAGCAGCCUAACCUUCCCACUUCGACAGCUUACAAAGAAGAAUGUCACGUUUCACUGGGAUCACAGUCACGAGAAAGCAUUCCAGUCACUGAAGAAUGCCAUCACCACUUCACAGGUAUUAGCUCAUUAUAAUCUUACUGCGGAAACUAAAGUCGUAGUAGAUGCAUCGCCAUGGGCACUGGGUGCCGUACUUCUCCAGAAACAAGCCGACGACAAUUAUCGACCAAUCGCGUAUGGUAGCAGAUCGCUAGCAGAUGUCGAACAGAAGUAUGGUCACAUAGAGAAAGAAGGAUUAGCAAUCGUAUUCGGAUGUGAACACUUUCACAUGUACCUAUAUGGACGUAGUUUUGAAUUGGAGACAGACCACCGACCUUUAGAGCAUAUCUACAAGGCAAAGCUUCAAAGCAAACCAACAUCAGCUAGACUCGAAAGAUGGAGACUUCGACUCCAAGAGUACGACUUCCACGUUAUCUACCGACCUGGCCCAUCCAAUCUGGCCAUCCUUUGUCCCGACUCCCGAAAGAUGGAAACGAUGGAAACAAGAGGAGUAACAUGGAGGCUCGCGCUGACCGAUAUGUUCAUUACAUGA